CGCAGGCGCAGCGCGCCCCACAUGCCGCGGCGCCGGAGCUGCUGAGGUACCUGCCGCGGUACCUGUCGCCGUACCUGUCGCCCAGAGUCACUGUCUGAGGGUUAGUUGGCUCCAUUCAUAACACCAUGGAUGAGCUGCAGGAUGUUCAGCUGACAGAGAUCAAACCACUCCUCAACGAUAAGAACGCAGCUCGCAACUUCCAGGACUUCGACUGUCAGGAGCAUGACAUUGAGACGGCUUUCGGGGUGGUGCACGUCACCAUGCGGGGCACAGCCAAGGGCAACAGACCUGUCGUCCUCACCUACCACGACAUCGGCCUCAACCAUAAAUCCUGUUUCAAUGCAUUCUUUAACUUUGAAGAUAUGCAAGAGAUCACUCAGCACUUUGCUGUGUGCCACGUGGAUGCACCAGGCCAGCAGGAAGCAGCACCCCCCUUUCCCUCUGGGUACCAGUAUCCCAGUAUGGAUGAACUGGCUGAGAUGCUGCCUGCUGUUCUGACACACCUGAACCUGAAGAGCUUCAUUGGGAUUGGACUGGGAGCUGGUGCUUAUGUCCUCAGCAGGUGUGCACUCAGCCACCCCGACCUGGUGGAGGGACUGGUUCUCAUUAACGUUGACCCAUGUGCCAAGGGCUGGAUUGACUGGGCAGCAUCCAAGUUUUCAGGCUGGACAACCAACAUCGUGGACAUCGUCCUCGCACAUCACUUCGGCCACGAGGAGCUGCAGGCAAACCUAGAUCUGAUCCAGACAUACAGGCUGCACAUCGCACAGGACAUCAACCAGGACAACCUGCAGCUCUUUCUCACCUCAUACAACAGCCGCAGAGACCUGGAAAUCGAGAGACCAGUCCUUGGCAUCAACGAGAACACUGCAAAAACACUCAAGUGCCCUGUCUUGCUAGUGGUUGGUGACAACUCCCCUGCAGUGGAAGCAGUGGUGGAAUGCAAUUCACGUCUUGACCCAACCAAAACCACCCUCCUGAAGAUGGCUGACUGCGGGGGCCUGCCACAGGUGGUUCAGCCUGGCAAGCUGACUGAAGCCUUCAAGUACUUUGUGCAGGGAAUGGGCUACAUCCCUUACGUGCAGCUCAGCCACCUGAGCACUGAGCCAGUGCCCGCAGCCACCAUGACCAGGCUGAUGCGCUCCCGCACCCACUCCUCCUCCAGCGUGGGCUCCGGCGAGAGCGGCCGCAGCCGCUCCCAUGCCAGCAACCACGGGGACGGAAGUGCCGGGACCCCGGACGGCCUCGACCUCCAGGAUGCAUCUCAAACCAUGGAAGUGUCCUGUUAGGCAGGAGCCCCUCUUCUGGUUCAGACAGCUCCGCUCACCCUCGCCGCCCCCACUCCGCAUCUAGCAUUUCAUCCCACGUGGCAUUAACUGUUCUAACUCGUGCAUGCCCAUCUGAGCUGCCACCUCCUUGGUAGUCUGUACUUGGCAUUACUUUGGUCCUCUCUGUGUGCCCUUGGCAAAAGAGCCUCUUCAAAACUCGUUAACAUUCCGUGUUCUUGGUAAGUCAGGUUACUGUACCCGCCCUGUCCACGCUGUAUCUCGGCCCAGAUGACAGCCCUGUCUCUCCCAUUCAUUUAAAUAUUAUUUCUGUGGCUUUGUGAGGUUUAGAAUUGCUUCCUAGAUGUGCUUCUGCUAAAGGACCCUUGUGGUGCAGUUGGUGUGGCAUCUGUGGGGCAUGGGAAAGCAGGACCGUGGUGGUGUGAAACUGCAGGUGCUGGAGCAGGCACCGCUCCUUGGCAGAGCUGUGCCUGGAGCACAGAACACACCAGAAGGUCUCUGUGUUCCCAGGACUCUCGGUGUGCCAGACAGCCAUGGAGACAGCAGCUGAUCAGAAAUACUGUCUUGGUCUCAUCUGUGUGUGUGUGUGUGUUAGGAAGGAGCAGAGGGAUUUCUUACCUGAGCCUCCAAAAGGCAAAGCAUUCAACAAGGACACUUUUGCUAACUGCAGUGCACUAGCAAUCAACUACAAGGGAUUCAACUACUGCAGCAGCCCUGGCUCCACACCACCUCUGCUCAGCCUCUGCUGCCCUCCAGAAGGGCCAGAUGCAGUUAACCUCUGCUCACUGUUCUGCCAUGGCACACAUGAAUCUUUAACAUCAAGCAGGUUGUGAAAUGAGCAGCAGUGCCAGGGGGAGAUACAGAAAUCUCCCCUGCUGCCAGCUCUGCUUCCCACUGCUGCCAGCCCCAGACAGGGUGUGUCUGCACAGGGUGCUCCUGGAGGCUCAGAAGUACCAGGGGGCGUAGAGGGUGGCGGCAGGCACACGGUGAGCCAGGCCAGCAGCGUGAGCAGCUGUGCAG